GAGGCGCCCCUCCAAUUGAUGGAUGGCUGAAAGGCUGGUAGAGGCGGCCCAACAGCAUCAAUCAAUUGAUCGAGUCGUGUUAGAGUUCAAUUACACGCAGCCCUUGCUCCCUCUUUUGUAUUUGCCACUCCCGUAGCUGGAUCGCACGCCAUACGCCAGCGUAAGCCUGCACAAACCCGAGCCGAGGAAGCGCCUCUUGGACAGUGCCAGUGCAACGUCUUGUGCGCCAGAGUUGUACACACGGAAUAAACUUCCACCCGCAUCCCUUCCCCCCCUUAGAGUGCCUACCCAAACUUUAGGCACCAAAAAAAGAAAUGGAAGAGGACAAGGGCACUGUUCCUGCUCCCGCUCCGGUCGUAUCCCCGAUCCGAGCGGGUCCGGCUCGGCCGCAGCUGGGUGCCAUGCGGAGCUCCUCUUACCUCCAGGAGCACCAGCAGUACCGCCCUCCUGGAAAGCCCGAGACUCACUACGGUAUCGACACCGUCGUUGAGGAUCUUGGAGCCUCGCAAGGCCAGGCACAGUCGGUCCUGCCGUCGCGUCCCAAGCCGGCGUCACCCGCUCCCGGUGCGACGACCUUUAAUGGCAUUCCCUCGGCCGAACACCCGCCCAAGGUUGUCGAGAGCGGCUUGAACCAUGACUUGUCCCAUCCUAACUGCGCUCCCCCGGCUGGCACCACCACCAGCAGGCUGGUCGCUACCUUGAUGUACAAGCCCUACGGCUCGCACGCCCCGAGUGCAGUGCACUCGCCCAAGGUGCCUUCGCCCAAGCUCUCCAACAUUCCUGUCGAGGAGCACACCGACAUUCCCCCAAACCUGGCGCCGACUACAAACCCGGAUACCUUCCCCCUUGAACCGCCUACUGCUGAGGACCAGUCCCUCGACCGCCUCUAUGGUUCCUACGUCUCCCCACUCUGUGUCGCCUCGUUCCUCCACCUCAUGUCCACCUUCCCUAUCCCGUCAGGCUCAACAGACCCGACCAGCGCCCAUCGUUGCAUGGACAGCGCUGCUCACCCUUGUGUCGUCGAGUUGAUUCUCAACCCAGCACCCUCCCCAAGCUAUCUAGCCCUCAAAGAUCUGCGCAAGCAUGAACUCAUCUACCGCUUCGAGCGGGAAUGGAGCGUCGACGUCGUUUUGCAGAUGGAGUCGCCGUUCCGCCGCCACAAGCGUCUCGUAGUCUUCGAUAUGGAUAGCACCCUGAUCACACAAGAGGUCAUUGACCUGCUCGCAGCUACCAUCAAGGACCCUCCAGACCUGGCUCAGCGUGUGGCCGACAUCACCCACCGCGCCAUGAUGGGCGAGCUCGAAUUCGAUGCUGCCUUCCGGGAGCGUGUCGCCUUGCUCAAGGGACUGCCAGCCACCCUCUUCAACGACCUGCGCCCUGUUCUCAACGUCACCCCUGGCGCUCGCCAGCUCGUCAAGGCCCUCAAGCGCCUGGGUGUUCGCACUGCCGUACUCAGUGGUGGAUUUCUGCCACUUACUUCAUGGUUGGCCGGGGAAUUGGGCAUCGACCACGCGCAUGCCAACGAGGUCGUCGUAGAUGCUGAGGGCAAGCUCACUGGUGAGGUUAAGGGACUUAUUGUCGGCAAGGAACGCAAGCGGGACCUCUUGCUCGAGAUUGCGGCCAAGGAAGGCAUUGCGCCUGAACAAGCCGUGGCUGUCGGCGAUGGCGCCAACGACCUGCUUAUGAUGGAGGCGGCUGGUCUGGGAGUUGCGUGGAAUGCCAAGCCGCGGGUGCAGAUGGAGGCAGAUGCCAGGCUCAACCGCGAGAGUCUCCUGGACCUGCUGUAUCUGUUUGGCUUCACAUAUGAUGAGAUUGCUAUGCUUACGUAGUCGGGCCGGUAUAAAAUAGUGUAUCAUGGGUAUUCUUGGGAACAGUGCCUCUUGGGAACAGUGCCACUUGGCCUUGAGCGAAUGCAUGCAUCCUCGGACUUGAACGUGCAAAUACGGCGAGAAAACGGACACAAAUACGAGAAAAAAUAGGUAAAAGGCGGGAGCCCCUUAAUAUAAACAAAAAAAAAGAAGAUAAAAAGAGAAGGGAAGUAAAACCAAACAUCAAGUAUAAGAAAGUAAUUUACUUUACUAGCAAAAGUAUACAAAAACGGCAAUUUUACCCUGUUGUAAAAGUUACACAA